UUACGUCCCAGUCUGUCAUUUGGUAGCACCGUAGUUAAACUUGUUAUAUUUUUAAUAUGAUCGCAAUAAAGUAUAACGGACCCAUUAUGAAUAAAUUAUAUAUGAAGAAUUUUAUUUUUGCAACUGAAAUAAAUAUAAGAUCGGCUUAUAGCUCAUCGUGCAGAAAAAUAAAAUCAUGGAAAGAAAUACCAGGGCCGUCUUCAUUACCUAUCAUAGGACAGCUUCACCAUUAUUUUCCCGGCGGCUCGCUUUACCAAUGCAAUGGUUUUGAAUUUCAAGAAAAGUUAUACAAAAACUACGGUCCUCUAGUAAGAUUGAAUAGCGUAUAUGCUGGGAAACCCGCAAUUUUUGUUUUUGAUCCAGAUAGCAUGGCGCAGGUAUUGCGUGGCGAAAAUUGGCUGCCGAUUCGUCCUGGUUUUGAUGUAUUGUAUCACUAUAGGAACUUUUAUAACCAACCAAAAGGCGGUGCACCGGGACUCACUGGUUUAAUAAGCGACCAUGGUCAGAAAUGGAAGCAACUGCGCUCUUUAGUUAACCCUAUCAUAAUGCACCCAGAUAACAUUAAACUGUACGAUACGCCCAUAGGUGAAGUUGCUCAGGAUGUAGUCCAAAGAAUAAAGGAUUUAAGGGAUGAAGACGGAAUGAUUACAAAAAACUUCGAUUAUUUAAUGUACCUUUGGGCCCUGGAAUCUGUCGGUGUUGUGGCCUUAGGAAGUCGUUUGAAUUCCUUCAAUGAAAACUUGGAAUCGGAUUCAGUUGUACGACGUCUGAUAACACUUAUUCAUGAGUUUUUUGCAAUAUCUGAAAACUUAGAUAUCAAGCCAAGUCUAUGGAGGUAUUAUCCAACUCCCGCCUUUAAGCGAGCUAUGAAAGUAUUUUGUGAUAUAGAUAGUAUUACAAGAAGUUUAGUACUGAAAGCAAAAGAUGAAUUAAGCCAAAGGGGUCAUAGUGCCGAUGAUAAAAAGGGCGUCCUGGAAAAACUUCUCGAAGUGGAUGAAAAAAUUGCCCUCAUUAUGGCCGGCGAUUUACUGUUUACUGGCGUUGAUACGGUUGGAAAUACUAUGAGUUGCACGUUGUACCUUCUUGCAAGCCAUCCUGAAAAACAGAAUACACUAAGACAGGAAGUUAAUUCUGGAGACGAAAGGAAGUCUUAUCUAAAGGCCUGCAUAAAGGAGUCUUUAAGAGUAAUGCCAGUUGCUGGUGGAAACAUCAGACAGUGUACAAAGGAGUACAACCUUUUAGGAUACGAAAUACCGAAAGAUAUGUUUGUAGUAUUUCCUCACCAGUACCUUUCGAAGAUGGAAAGUCAGUAUCCGAGAGCUAAUGAAUUUAUUCCUGAAAGAUGGUUAGUUGACAAGGAUCACGCUCUGUAUCACGGAAAUGCACAUCCGUUUGCAUACAACCCUUUCGGAUUUGGGGCAAGAAUUUGUAUAGGUCGUCGUAUAGCGGAGUUAGAGUUAGAAAGCUUACUUUCAAAAAUUAUACAAAACUUCGAACUCGAAUGGAGAGGUCCUCCACCGACCAUGUACCAAAGUGCAAUGAACUAUUUCAAAGGACCCUUCAACUUUGUUUUUAAAGAUAUUAAAUAAAAUUUAUUUGUAUUUUUUUUAUGAACCCAUAUUAAAA